AUGACCUCACCCCUUUCAGACCUACCUGAUGUCUUUGUUCAAAAAGCCGAUGCUCAGUCCUCGUUGGACUUGGGCCUCCUUGGUAUUCUCAUGAUGGUGGCCAAAGCGCAACCAAACGAGCUACAGGCAGCAACGGUCAAUCAAAUUGGGGCGUCGGGCUACUUUAUCUCAGCUAUUUCAAGUUUAGUUGUCACCUUCCUGAUUGCACUCCGUAUCAGGUCUGUAGCCAAAGGCGGACUUGGCAACUCCAAGGGUACAUUCAAUCAGAUUGUCGAGAUCAUAGUGCAAUCGGUAUUGGUAUAUUCCCUAGCUCAGCUUGUCGAGGCUAUUGCAAUUGUUUUGCCAUUUUCCAUUGGAAACACGCAUCUCUUCGCGUUAGAAAAUUACUCCCAAACUAUACUACUUCCCAUUACAGGAAUUGCCCCAACAAUCAUGGUAGCUCGCGUCAAGCUUAUCGAUGAACGGAAUAGGACCAAAGCACAUUCGUCUCACGUUACUGAUCUCCAGUUCAAUGGCUCAAACUUUGAGAGUACGGCGGGCGCCAGAGCUGCUCAGUACAUGUCUACCCAUAACAAGCAAGAUACAAAAUUGGAAUCCACAGGGUACAUAACGUCUACAGGGGCCUGA